AGGGCGUGCUGGGAAGUGUAGGAGGCCGAGGCGGUUAGCGGCCUGCCGGCGGGGAGGGCCGCGGGGACCCGGCCCCAGGGUGAGGUCCCAACCCCCGCUGCGAGCUCCUAGGCCGGCCCCGGGCCGCGGCUGCUGCCCUCCCCGCGCCAUAACGGCCCUCUGCAGGGCUCCCUGAGCGCCCACACCAUGGAGGCCCUCCACACCGCCGGGAUCCACUUUGCCGAGGUGCUGCAGUCCGGACCGCCCUGGAUGGAAAACUUUUGGAUCACCAUCACUUCUGUGGCCGACCCCAAAUGCAUCUUCACCGUGUGCUUCCCGCUCGCCUAUUUCCUCGACCGCAAGGUGGGGGUGGCGGUGCUGUGGGUCGGGCUGGUGGCUGAGUGGCUCAACGUGGUCUUCAAAUGGUUUUUAUUUGGGGAACGCCCGUUCUGGUGGAUCCACGAGUCGGGCUUUGCCAGCCGGCAGCCGCUCACACUGCGUCAGUUUCCCGUCAGCUGCGAAACGGGACCAGGCAGCCCCUCCGGCCACUGCAUGAUCACCGGGGCAGCACUGUGGCCGCUGGUGACUGCGCUGACAGCGUUGGCAUCCCGACACUCCAAGAGCCUCGUGCUGAAGCUGAUCCCCUUCAGCGCCUACACGCUGCUGCUGCUGGCCGUGGGGCUCUCGCGGGUCUUUGUCCUCGCUCACUUUCCCCACCAGGUGCUCGGUGGCAUUGUGGCAGGGGCCGCCCUGGGCUGGGGGCUGCAGGCUCACAUCCCAGCCACGCGCUCUCUGGGUUUCUUCGCUGCCACAUCGCUGGGGCUGCUGCUGGGUUCGGUCGCCCUGCAUAGGCUCAUGGUUGCUGCUGGCGUUGACAUCGACUGGUCCAUCCGUUUGGCCACCGCUUGGUGCAAAGACCCGUCCUGGCUGCGCCUCGACACGCGGCCCUUCGCCUCCAUCUGCCGCGUGGCGGGCAGCUCUCUGGGGCUGGGCUUGGCUGCCGGAGACCCCCAACGUUGGGACAAACCGUUGCCCCCCCGGCAGCGAGCAGCCUGCGCCGUGCUGGCGUUGGCAGCCGUGCGGGGGCUGCAGCACAUCCCCCAACCCCAGCAGGUGACACUGUGGUACGCCUCCAGCUUCCUCAAGUACACCGCCGGGCCCGGGAUGGUGGCUGUGCUGCUGCCCCGCAUCGCCCGCACCGUUAUCCGCCCCCAGAGCCCCCCCCACGCGGAAUAGUGGGCUGGGGGGGGGGGUGGGGGGGGGGUCCCCAACCUUGGCACGGUGAGCGCCCACAUCGCAGCAUCCCAUCUCAGAUCACUACACCAAUCCUCUCCAAACAGGGGCAGCCCUCACCCCCCACCUCUCCAGGUUCCUCCUGGGAGGGGGGAAUCCCCAACACCCCCCCCCCCCCCCCCACAUUUCCUCCUGGGAGGGGGGAACCCCCAACUCCCCCCAUUUCUUCCUGGGAGGGGGCACUCCUCACCCCUCUCUGCCCCCAAUAAAGGUACUGUUACA